UUGCUGUCAGAGACAUUUGUUUCAAAUUGUUUAUUGGACUGAGCAACGCAACAUUCAUCACCAGCAGAACAAUGAUGGAAUCCGCGGUAGAUUCCGAGCGAACCAUGCUCAAGCGGGAGAUCGCCGACCUGCGCGCAGCGCUCAACCAGAAGGAGCAGUGCCUGCGAGAAUUGGAAGACUCGGUUUCCUUCGCCACAAGGUCAGAGCAGGAGGUCGUUGGAAAUGAUCUUGAAUCGCCUGGUGGUGCAGUUCACACCAAGUUGACCAACGACGAUAUUGCGCGAUACAGCCGCCAACUUAUACUGCCCGACUUCGGCGUCCAGGGACAACUAAAGCUGAAAAACAGCUCUGUCCUGAUUGUGGGAAUGGGCGGAUUGGGAUGUCCCGCGGCGCAAUACUUGGCGGCAGCCGGAUGCGGACACUUGGGGCUUGUCGACUACGACGAGGUGGAGCGGAGCAACUUUCACCGCCAGAUCCUGCACUCCGAAGACCGGUGUGGUAUGUCCAAGGCUGAAUCGGCGAGGAUAGCCCUGAACGAACUGAAUCCGCACUGCGAGAUUCAUUGCCAUUCCAGGAUGCUGUACCCUCACAACGCCAUGCACAUCAUCCGAGGCUACGACGUGGUUCUGGACUGCACCGACAACGUGCCCACCCGUUAUCUACUCAGCGAUGCCUGCGUCAUGCUGAACAAACCCCUUGUCUCCGGGAGUGCCCUCAAGAUGGACGGUCAGCUUACUGUUUACAACUAUGGCAAUGGGCCCUGCUACAGGUGUAUCUUCCCAGUGCCUCCACCGCCAGAAGCAGUCACCAAUUGCGGAGAUGGCGGAGUCCUGGGUGCUGUCACCGGUACAAUUGGCGCCAUGCAGGCUCUGGAGGCCAUCAAAGUGAUUGUCGGUAUGGGAGAUGUCCUCGCCGGACGCCUUCUAAUCUUCGAUGGCAGUAGCUGCGUGUUUCGCAAUAUUCGCAUACGCAGCAAGCGACCCAACUGUCAUAUGUGCUCCGCCCAGCCGCUGAUCACGGAGCUAAUCAACUACGAAAUGUUUUGCGGUAUGCAUGCAACCGACAAGAACAAUCCUACGCUACUUUUCUCGACGGAUGAGCGUUUGUCCGUGGAGGAGUACCAUCGCAAGAUCCAGGCUAAACCACAUCUGCUUAUCGAUGUGCGGCCAACUGCAGAAUUCGAGAUUUGCCAGCUGCCCGAGGCUGUGAAUGUGCCACUGGUAGAGAUCCUAGACGACAGCUAUCUUAAGCGGCUUGGCAAGCAGUUGGAGGACAAGGAACUGCCCGUCGUAUUGCUCUGCCGUCGCGGUAAUGAUUCGCAGAUCGCCGUUCAGCAUUUGCGCAAUCGAUUCCCCAAGCAUUUCGUUCGAGACCUGAUUGGCGGUCUGCACGCCUGGACGAGCAAUAUAGACCCCAAUUUUCCCAUAUACUAAUCCGACGAAUGAUAAACGUUCCACUAUAUAUGUAGAUUUAUUCUUUGUGUUUCCUGCAAUGCAUUGCUUUUUCUAUUUACCUUAUUUACCUAAGCCCUUACGUAUGUCUUGUUAUCACAAAUACCAGGCUGGUGUAAUAAAAUGAAUAAUUCAA